AUUGGUGUUGAGGAUAGAAGGCCGCUGACAAGUUUUACAGGCCCAGUGAACAAAAAUGUACGACGGCGAGGAUUCUGAAGGCCCUAAGGGAACAUUUGAAAUUUACAAGGCAGAAGCAGAUUCACUCUUUAAACAGGGAGAGUACAAGAAAUCCAUAGACAGUUACUCAAUCGCCUUAGAGUUACAACCUGGCGACAAGAACUGCCUGGUUUGUCGAUCCAAAUGUUACCUACAGUUAGGAGACACACAAAAUGCUUUAGCUGACGCUGAAUCUUCAUUGUCAGAGGAUAAAACUUUCCAUAAGGGUGUGUACCAGAAAGCUCAGGCCUUAUACUACCAGGGAGAUUUUGAGCUUUCCCUUGUCUUCUAUCACAGAGGUCACAAACUUCGACCAGAGCUCCAAGAGUUCCGACUUGGUAUACAGAAGGCUCAGGAAGCCAUUGACAACUCAGUAGGAGCCCCAGACAAAGUGAAACUUACAACAGAGGGAGAUUUGUCCUUUUUCGCAAAACAAGAUGAAAGGAAGAUAAAGAAGCCUGCCUACAACACAUAUGGCCGCCCAGGUAUGCAAACCCAGAAAAAACUGGAGGUCAGUCGGCCGGUGGGGAACGAGAAGACGAUCAAACAGCUUCUAGGAGAGCUGUACGGUGACAGACAGUACCUUGAAAAACUACUCAAAGAAACAGAUGCUAAUACUCCGGUGGGUAAAACCAUCUCUGGGCUGGUGUCCCAGGGCCUGAAUUACCUAGAUACCAGAACCGAUUUCUGGAGACAGCAAAAACCAAUGUAUGCCCGUAAACAUGAGAAACUUAUGAUGAGGCGAGAGAAACGGGUCGAGGAAUCCAGCACAGGAAAAUUGUCACCAAAUGACUACAUCAUCCGAGAACUUGAAAGGAUUGAUCAAGCUCAAGUAGAAGGUAAAUAUACAGAGAGUCUAAAGCGAGCCCAGAGAUGUCUGAACACAGUCAACGGUUUCACAGAGGAUGUUGUACCAAACAAAAUGGAGGUCAUUGCCAAUCUACACAGCUGUAUAGGAAAUGCUUACCUGGAACUGGGCAACUACGACAAGUCCCAAGAACAGCAUCAGAUCGACUACAAUCUUGGGGAGGAGCACGACAUGGAGGAGGCAUGCUCCAGAGGACUGGACAACCUGGGAAGAGUGCAUGCCAGGAAGGGCGACUACAGCCAGGCUAUCACAGUAUGGGAGAAGAAAUUACCUUUAUCAAAAUCAGCUUUGGAGAGCACAUGGCUGUACCAUGAAAUUGGGCGAUGUUAUUUGGAGAUGGGAAAAUACCAGGUUGCCAAGGAACACGGAGACAAAUCUCUAGCCUUAGCAGAAGAGGCAGGGGAACCCCAAUGGCAGCUGCAGGCCUCAGUGUUAGUGGCCCAAUCAGAGUUAAAACUAGGAGAUCUAAGUGCUGCAUUAUCAUCAUUUGAAUUAUCACUAGACCUUGCCCGAACACAAGAAGACACUUCUGCUGAGUCAGCCAUUAAAAAGGCUAUUGAUGAUGUCAACAAUAAAAUUGCCAAAGGUUCAUCAGCAUCAAUGAAACCAACGGAUGGCGAGGAUAAUACUGAGGCCAGUCCGGACAACGCCAGCGUCAAGAGCAAGACGGUGUCAAUAAAGGAUGAUAAGGACAGUCCAAAAUCGGCCAAGUCCGUUGCCAAGUCCGAAGCGAAGGUGGAAACAGAUGGAAAAAAGACCCCAGAGGGCAAAAAGACCCCUGAGGGAAAAAAGACCCCUGAGGGCAAAAAGACCCCCGAACCUGAGGAAAAUGUAGAUGAUGACACUAAGGAAGCCAACAAGAGCCUGGACCAGGGAAAGGAAAGUCCGACGAGAGAGGCUUCGUAGUCAUGCGAUGUCAUGAUAACGUGAUGUCAUAGUAACGUAGUCAAAUUCUCUACCAUCUGAUGACCAUCAAACUAGAAUUAAUGUGGAGCAUUAUCAAAUCUAAAUAAUUUUGAAAAAAGAAAACAACUAGAAAUUGGAUAUCAAAGCCGAUUGUUAUGAAAAACACUUGUUACCAUGCCAGUAUUUGAGCGACUUUACUUAGUCAAUACUGCCAAAAGAUAUUUUUAUUCCUAUAUUUCAAUAUUUUGUUUUACAUCUGUUAAACAUUUUGUUAGAUAUUUGUUUCUAUAACAACGAUAUAUAAUUUAAUGUAGAACUGACCAUCUUGAAAAUAAAAACUUGGAAAUACUAC